AUGCAGAACAACGGGGGCACCGAACCACCAGAACCAGAGCUGCCCCAGGACCCGUUGCCCUUCUCCGGCCGCUUGCUUCAGCCUCCCACUAGUGUGUCAGAGGUGUGUCCCUGUGAUCUGCACAAUGACAUGUGUGACAUGAACUGCUGCUGUGACAAAGACUGUGGUCCUGAGCUGGCUCUGUUCAUCCGUUGCUCCACACACACUGUCAGAGGCAGCAAGAGACUUUGCAACCAGGAUGUGGCCUCUUACUCAUUGAGAACCACAAUCGAUGGUUACUCAGAGCUGCAGUCAUCCAUCCAGAAUGAGAAGAAUUAUGAUACGUUUUGCAUUUAUUUUCAAAAUGGGGUUGAUGGACUGUUCCACCCACCACCGGCUCUUCCAACUGACAGAAACUUUGACGCACUUUUUGACAAGUUCAGCAGCUUUACAUUUAACCCAGAGACAGGUCGCUCUGACACAGAGCCACAGACAUCAGCAGGUUAUCAGUAUGGGGAUAUUAUGCAAACUACAGCAGCCGAUGGGCAGAGAAGUAUUUUCUAUCUUCCCUCCUCUGGUAUUACUGUGGACUGUGUGGAUACAAACCCUGCAGCUUUUCUGAACAAAUGGAGCGGUCGCUGUUUGAGACGCAUGAACAUCCAGCAGCACUGUGAGCACAUGGCAGCUCUGCGCAUGGACACGUACAUCAACAUCCUACUCUCUCCUGGGAGGUCUACUGAUGCAGCACCCGUUCCUGUGGAAGUAACCUCGGUAGUGAAUCAGUAUUUGGACGGUGUUCAGUUGGAGUUGCAGUUAGAUGGAGAUCUUCUUCCUGUUCUUCAGAGCCCAAGUGUAUGUGCUAAUGUGGUGUUUGAGGUUGCAUACGUGGUCAAGUACGACCUCGCUGGAGAAAUAGUCCAUGUGGCUGCAUCUCUGGUGCUCGGAUCGGUCCGAGACACUCAAGUACCUUUUGAACAAAACUAUGAGAUCACGUUUGCUCGAGACGGACCAGAGGUUGCAGUCCAGUUCAGUGGUAACCCUGGCUAUGUGGUUGGAUUGCCUCUUGUAGCUGGCUCUGUAAAUCAGGACUGUUUGCAGGGUCCACAGUUGCGAUCUCCCAUUUUAUUCGGCCACAAUUCUAUAACUGGAUGUACUUUAAGACUGGUUGAUGUAACAAAUUGCAGCCUAAUCUCUGAAGUGUUACUACAUAUUCUAAGAGGGCAAAAUUAUCCUCAAUUUGUGGCAUCCUUUGGAAAUUCUCCGUUAGAGAAACCACUAGACUGGGUGGCUAUCAAGAGAACAUUUAAUCCUCAGGAUUCCCAAGGCUGUGGCAUUCCUCUGUCACUACAUAUGGAAAUUGAAUGGACCAAAUAUGGAACCCUGGUGAACCCCCAAGCACAGAUUGUGAGUGUCAGAGAAAUAAUUCAAACCAACUCCAGUCAAUUGGCCCUGCUGUCUGGAGGAAGCAGUAUUUUACCAGUUCAAACGUCCGUGUCUUUUACCUCUGUGUCUGCUCCUGCUGCUCCUGGAUACAGGGCCAUGCCUACAAUCGAUGCCAAGCUGCCUUUUGACUUUUUCUUCCCCUUUGUUUAA